UCGCCAUUAUCGUUCUCUUUGUUGAUAUCUUCAUCUCUGAGAUUCAAACCCUAACCCUAACCCUAACUGGGAGUUAGAGAGAGGAAAUGGAGGUGGAGACGGUUAAGGGAGUGGAUACUAUGGAGUUUGGUGCCGGAGAUCGGGAAGAAAGGGCUCGGAGAGAGGUGAGCCUCGUGAGACUAGUUUUUUCAUGCAUGGUUGCUGGUGGUGUUCAGUAUGGGUGGGCUCUUCAGCUCUCCCUCCUCACUCCCUAUGUUCAGACACUUGGACUUCCACAUGCUCUUUCCUCAAUCAUGUGGCUGUGCGGUCCAAUUGCAGGCUUCCUGGUUCAACCUACUGUUGGUUUGUGGAGCGAUAGAUGUUAUUCAAAAUUUGGUCGGCGGAGGCCAUUUAUACUCGUUGGUUGUCUACUGAUCAGCACUGCUGUGUUGAUAAUAGGCUUUUCAUCAGACAUCGGAUUUGCUUUAGGAGAUACAAAGGAACACUGCAGUGUUUACACCGGGCCUAGAUGGAAAGCAGCUAUUGUGUAUGUUGCUGGCUUUUGGGUGCUGGAUCUUUCCAACAACGCAGUGCAAGGCCCAGCUCGUGCACUUAUGGCUGAUCUUGCAGGCCCUGAAAAGGUUAAUGCAGCAAAUGCAAUCUUCUGCUCAUGGAUGGCAGCAGGGAACAUUCUUGGAUACUCUUCUGGUGCUAGUGGCAAAUGGCACAAGUGGUUUCCUUUCCUCAAUACCAAAGCCUGUUGUGCAGCCUGUGCAAACCUUAAAGGAGCCUUUCUAAUUGCAGUGAUCUUUCUCCUCUGCUGUGUAGCUGUGACUUUAAUCGUUGCACAGGAAGAACCACUGGAGAAAAAGCCUGGAAUGAAAGAAGAAAACACGGGCUUUCUGGAUAUGCUCAAAGACAUCUUCGGAGCCUUCAAGUCUUUACCUCCAGGAAUGCCUUAUGUUCUUCUAGUCACAGCUGUAACUUGGCUAUCUUGGUUCCCAUUCAUCCUCUACGAUACCGAUUGGAUGGGCCGUGAAAUUUACCAUGGCAACCCAGAUGGAACUGCAGCUGAGAGGGAUGCAUAUGAUAGGGGAGUUAGAGAAGGUGCAUUUGGUUUGCUUCUGAAUUCUGUUGUUCUCGGCAUCAGUUCUUUUCUCAUCGAGCCACUGUGCCGCAAACUAACACCAAGAGUAGUAUGGGUGAUCAGCAACUUCUCAGUGUUUGCUGCCAUGGCUGGCAUUAGCAUUGUGAGCAAGUGGUCUGUGGAUGGCUACAAUGGUUCAAUUCAGCAAGCCAUCAAUGCUAGUCCUAAAGUCAGGGCUGUUGCACUCUUUAUAUUCACUGCUCUUGGAUUUCCUCUUGCUGUUCUCUUCAGCGUUCCCUUCGCCGUCACAGCACAGUUAGCUGCCAAAGCAGGCCGUGGCCAAGGAUUGUGCACUGGUGUUCUCAAUAUCUUCAUAGUCCUUCCACAGGUGAUCAUAGCAUUAGGAGCAGGGCCAUGGGAUGCACUGUUUGGAAAAGGAAACCUGCCGGCUUUCGCCCUCGCCGCGGCUUUCGCCUUCAUCUGCGGCUUCGUCGGCAUUUUCUUGCUUCCAAAGCUAUCAAGGAGUUCAUUCAGGAGCUCAAGUAUGGCUGGCAUGCAUUGAUGAUCAUUUCCGAGCUAGAAAAACCCUAGAACAGAUGGAUGGAUCCUUAUAAUCAUCCGGUUAUCAAGUAUUUAUAGCUUUUUUUCAUGUUCUCUGUCUCUUUUGUUGUCAGUGAGCUUGGCCCUACUCGUAAGACAAACUAAUUUGUAAUACUAGUAGCUAUUAUUAUAAUAAUAAGUAAGCAUCGUCAUUUGAGGAGGAA